UUAUACCUUUUUAUAUAAUGUAAUGUUAUUUUCACUCUCAAUUGUGAAUCUAUUCAAUAAAUUAUUAAGGCUUGGUUGAAUAAUUCUGAAUAUUAGAUUUUUUAUUAUUAUUGUACUAGUCUUGAGAUUGUUCUGUUUUAUUAAUUCAUAUAGUAGCUUUUUUUAGCGUAAAAAACAACACCUUAUUAAAACGAUAUGUCUACUAUUGUUUUUUCUUUUUCGGCUAGUCCGACUCCAUAAUUGUACAUUAAAAUGAAUGAUAAGAAUGAUCAUGAUAAACAGAGCUCUAGUAAAGAGCAAUCGGAUCAAAAAGAUACUUCUGACCCAAAAAUAGAAACUUUUAGGUUAAAUAAUAAUAUAGUUAAUGGCUAUAGUGAUUCACAGUGCUGUGCUAACUGUGAUGUAGCUGCACGUCGUGAUCAUAUGAUUGCUGCUAGUCUUGUGUACUGUGAUGAAGAAGAUAGUGAUGUUGAUGAUGACUGUUGUAUAUAUACAUAUCGAGGAGAUAGACAAGAACCACCAGUAGUAAAUAGAGCACUAAUUGAAAAUAGAAGUUCUUCACCUUUAAUGGACUAUCUAGAAAUGGAUUUUGAUCCUGAACCAGUUUUAGAAAAUGAGUCUGAAAAUGAGGAUAUUGAAAUACCCAAUCCCAAUGAUCAAGAAAAUAAUCUAGUAACUAAUUCUGAAGAACCUAUACCAAGUUGUUCUAAAGUAAAUUUUAAAGGGUGCGAUAGUAAAGAUGAUAAGAGAAGUAGACUGAAAAGUAUUAAUAAUGCUAGUAUUUCACAACCAUUGAUUAUUCCUUGUGCAAGUUUGAAUGGCUAUCACAAUAGUUUAAAAGAAGAACGUAAUGGCUGUUCUAGACGCAAUACAGAUACUAUAGAAGUAUGUCAGAAUAUGAAAAAAAUGCGGGUAGAUGAUUUAAGUUGGUCAAAAAAUAUGGUAUGGUCAGAAAAAGAAGCUGCUCAACUUCAAAUAAAUCAAAUUGGAGUAUCAGCUUGUGGUGCAACUGCAAUUAUGAAUACUUUGUUAGCAUUAAGAAUACCAUUUAAUACUGAACAAAUUCUCAAAACUGUUGGUACAAGGUUGCGAAAUGAAAAUGCUCCAUUAAUAUCUUAUUUAGAAUCACGUUCUGUAGCUGGUUGUACAGCAGAUGAUUUAGUUAGAACAUUAGAAACUGUUACAAAUUCUUUAAUCAGUGCUAGAUUUUUUCCUACUUAUGCAAAUAUAGAUGUACCUUUAGCUACUUGGUUGGCUAGUUGGAUACAAAAAGGUGCUGUACCAAUAUUGACUUUAAACCGACAACGUGGUAUCAAUUCAGAUUCUUUUGUGCCAGAUAGUUGGCACCAUCAAAUGGUUUAUGGUGUGACUUAUAGUCCUUUAUGCCCUAAUGAAUGUGCUCAGAUUUACAUGACUAAUCCUCUUACCAUUUCAACAAUGGAAUCUCUUAGACCACAACUUUUUUCUCCAUCUGUAUUAAUGAUAAAAAGAGCUGAUGUGUUAUCACGAUGGACUCCUUUAACAGAUCUCAUGCCUUUAGCUAACCACCCUAAUCGUUCAUGGCAAAUUUCUAAUGUAUUAGGACAAGUAGUUAAUCUUAUACGAGAAGAACAAGAAAGUAUCCACUUUACUAAACAUAUUAUGAUACCUGCUAGUUAUAAAAGUGGUAUAACAUUGGCAAUGAGAACUUCAUCAAAUUUCAUUCAUGAAUUGAAAACAAUACCAGAUUUAUAAACCAGACAUUUAAUAACAGUUCAUAAUUUUAAGUACUUCACCUUACUCGCAAUAAUAUAAUUAUUCUCUAUUUUAUAGUUAUUAUUACUUGUAAACUGUAUAUUUAUGAUUUUGUUAAUCAAAGUUUUAAAAAAUAACUUUGUCAUAAGAACAGUGAUUUACAAUUGCAGUUAUGGUUAUUGAAAAAAAUAUACUGUUCAAAUAAUAGUUUAACUUAUUUAAGUAAGUACAGACUUAGGAUUGUAAGAGUCUCUAGAUAAAUAUAUCAGUGAAGGUUUUGA